UACCACUGUCUAGAAACCCGAAUGGUAACUGUUAAGCACUCGGUAUAUAGUUGGCAUAUUUAAUCAGAAUCCAGACGAGGCAUAUGCAAGACUAAAGCUAAUCCCCUGUCAGGGGGAUUUAAUCUGGUUAACGUUUAGCCAUCUGUCUCUAAUCUCAGCCGACACAAGAAAGAGCCUCAGAUGGGCGAAGUGCAGCAUGGCUGAGUGGUUCUGUUAGGCCACCAUGCCAGUGUUUUACACCCCAAUACCCCAGAAUCUGAGAGUGGGUCUGGCACAUGCCAGUAGUGCCAUAUUUAUCAACAACAGAACAAGAGAUAGCGGAUAUCUGAAGGGACAUGGAGUUGAGAAUGAAGUUUCCAGCAAGGUUUCAUCUCACCUGCCUCUGCAGAUGUUUCUCUACUUCAACAUGUUCUUCUUUCCUUUCUGGUGGCUCUCCGAGAUCGUCAUGCUGGACUUAAAGUUCACCCUACUGCCUGGAUACUACCAGUGUCUGAUGGUGGUUGGAAUGAUAAUAAUUAGCGUACUUGAGGUUCUCCGUGUGUACCUCGGCUAUGUUGGGAACCUGAAAGAGAAGGUCCCUGAACUUGCUGCUUUCUGGCUGAUCUCUCUAGCCUUCCAGCUGCCCAUCCUCCUCUUCUUCCUCACUGAUGAAGGCCUGCUAAUCCUCCCUCUGGAGCGAGUAAUGCACUCUCUGUAUCUGGCCUUCCUCCUGGGUGAGGUGUUAUCCUCAUUUGUGGCUCUGAGGGUCAUGACACGGAAACUCGCUCUGCAGUUCCACCUCAGGCAGUUCAGGCCUGUAGACACAUCCUCUAUGUUCAGCUUCUCCUGUGGAAACAGGAGUGUGUUACCGGUUCUUCCAGUCAGAAAUGUCCAACCACAGUGAUUAGACAUAGGAGCUGUGUUUCAUUUGAGUUGUCUCACUGGGCAGCAUUUGAACUGUAAAGGAGCCUUGAAAAGCAUUGAAUUUGAGUCAUCAUUGAUCAUAAGUUUUACCUCUGUGACUGUGACAUUAGUUGAUUCCCAAGGAGGCUGGGAAUAUUAGUUAAUUCAGGGUUUCUGAUUCAUCUACAGAGUAACCCACAAAUCACCCACAAAAAAUUUUUUUUAUAAAAUAUUAAGGAAGGACAUAAAAAUUAAAAGUUCCUGGUUUAAACACUGGGUGUCACUAUCAUCCAACUGGACCAGCUUCCCUUCUCUUCUUUCCAAUUUUCAAAAACGAUACUGAAAUAAAGUAUAGUAGUCCCACAUUAAUGUUAGAGAGAUUCUGAGUAGGCAUGAAAUACCAAGGAACAACAAAAAAAGAGGACUAAAGCAGAUUGGAAUAUCUAGGGAAGGACUGAAGUAAUGAGAGAACAUAAGCAGAGAGUGAAAUCUGUUACAAAAUCCUGAUGAAAGAGAUACAAUUUCCUGUGAACUUUGUAAAAACAGGCCUAAACAAAUCUGUUUUUUUCUGUAAAACUGACAAAUUAAUUUGCUCACUUAAACUGAAAAGCAAUUGAAUUAACCUGGCCUUUAUUAAUAUAUUAUGUAUAUAUUAUUAGUACAAAUAACCUGUGGCCUGUGUCUCCGUAUUUAUUUCACCAUUUGGAUAAAAGUUUUGGCACCCUACUCUCAUGUAAUACACAUCAUAAGCACAUGGUGGCACAAUAAAACAAUUACACUUACAGCAAAUGCUACUGCCAGUAAGCAUUCAUGGGAUGACUCAUCACACUAGUUCUCAUGCGGCACACACACACACACACACACACACACACACAAACUGCAGUAGGGAAUACCACUAGUGUCUGUGUUAAUCAGGGUAAAACCUUUAGCAGUAUGUGCGAAAGUGUUCUUUUUUUUUUACUUCACAACUUUAGUAACAUGUAAAAACAGGUAUAUUGAAAAAAGACACUGAUCAUAAUUUUUCUGCAAAAUCAUAAACUGUUAUAAUACUUGCUUUCUCUGUAUUAUUAGUGUUUCCCUUGCUAAUAGCAAUGGUGGUGUCUUUAAUAUGGCAGUUUGUGGUAUACCACAUCGCUGCUGACUUCUCGAAUCUGAUUGGUCAGAAGGUGUUAAUUCAUUUUCUAUAACAGCAGCUCUGACAGUAAUACAAAUUCGCAAAUUUCUGUUAAUAAUUGCUCUAAUAUGUUAUCAUUUCUGUAGUAGCAUCCUGCACAGGGACUUGUUUGGUGGACGCUUCACAUAAACAGGAAAAAAAAAAAAAAGUGUGUAAAUUUUAUAUGGAUUUAGAGAGGCUGGUGAGGGAACUGCUGUUUAUAGCUGCUAUAAUGUAAGUGAUAACAGGGACUAACUUGUUUUGUGGCCAUUCCAAAACAUAAAUAUUGUAAAUACAUACAGUGUGUCAUUCUUUAAUAAAUAAAAAUCGUAAUCAGUGACAAAUUCUACAAGAAAGUUUAAGAGGAAUAAAACACUUCAUGACAUGUUAUCAUAAGAAAAAUAUCAACUGCUUCGCAUCAGGCUACGUUAUUGAUUAUUUUCCUGUAACAGCACACCUCCAAGUGUUAUUCCUUACAUACUAUAUGGUACUAUAUUAGUGCUCGCUAUCAAUAGAUGCUAUGCUGAAUACACUAUAACAGAUGCUAUGGUAGUCAGUGUGUAUGAGUGACACUUCUGAGACAGUUGGAACUGGUGUUAUGAAAUAUAGCAGUGGUGAUGAUUAUGUGAUAGGUUUUGUUCACCCCUACAAUCAUUUUGUCUCAUCAGAGUUAGGAGCUGAACUCUGGAACGCUGCUGCUGCUGUUCCAGAUGUUCUGCCAUCUUUCAUUUGCAUUAACUUGUUGAAUCCGGAGUUUUUCCCAGCGCUGGGAGGACUGAGGAAUUUUACUCAGCACAAUGACAGAAACUGUGUGCUUCUUUUAAAAAUGUCUGGAAAGGUAUGUGAAUCUAUGCGUUUUAUUUUCGGUUACAAUCUGCUUCUAUUAAUGAGUAUAAAGAAUUACUUAAUUAUACAGUAUAACCAAAAAGUAACUUGAAUAACACUUUAAAGCAACUUAUAUUGACAAUAUAAAUGUAAUAAUAGUGAAGAAGUAAAGCUAUAAAACUGCAUGCAUCCUUUUUUGGCUCAUAUGAAUUUACAGUGUCUUACAAAUGACACAUCAAACUAUAUAAAAGAAAAACAUUUGAUACACAGGCUUUAUUAAGAUACCAUUAAUAGAUCCUUUAAAAGGUCCCGUUUGGUGUGAUUUUUCAGACUUAUAAGUUGUAUGUCAUUUCAGAUAUUCCAUGUAAAGAUGGCCUGCUUCACACAAAGCUGAUGUAGCAACCUAGCC